AUGGAUGACUUCCCCAGCUCUGCUGGCAUCCGGCAGGAGCCAGCCCGAGAUCGCGAUGCUCACUCAAUAGAUUCAGAUCGAGCUGAUCUCUACGACGAAUCCAAUGGCAACGGUAUCGUGACAUAUGCGCCCAAGGAGCGUUUUCGUUUGGGAUAUUUCACUGUCAGCUGUCUGGUGAUUAAUCGCAUGAUUGGCACCGGCAUCUUCAUGUCGCCCCAGCGCGUAAUCCAGGGAACGAUGAGCACUGGCGCAUCACUGCUCUUCUGGGUCGCCGGGAUCAUCUACUGCAUCUGCGGUACUCACGUUUACAUCGAAUACGGCCUGAACAUCCCUCGCUAUGUCAUCAAUGGUGUUGAACAGAGUGUCCCUCGAAGCGGUGGAGACCUCAAUUACCUUCAAUACGUAUACACGAAGCCCGCCUAUCGUAAAAACACCGUUUUACUUUCGACGUGCAUCUUCGGCAUCUCCUUUAUCAUCCUGGGCAAUAUGGCUGGUAACUCGAUCAAUUUUGCGCAUCGCGUUCUGCUUGCUGCAAACGUUCAAGACCCUUCCAAUGGUGCUGUGAGGGGGAUUGCCAUGGCCGUCGCCACCUUAACCUGCUUCAUUCACGCCAUCUCACGUCGCGGGGGUCUCUGGCUCAAUAACACAUUGGCUAUUGUGAAGGUCGGCAUCAUGCUGCUUAUUAUCAUCACAGCGGCGUGUGUUGGUGGCAAUGCUCUGCCCAAGACAGAGAACGUCUUCACCGACAAUAUCUCCGCGGAUAACUCGUUCCGAGGCGGGUCGAACCAACCAAACGGCUACGCUCAUGCUUUUCUGGCUAUUAUAUUUUCCUUCUCCGGCUUUGAACAGCCCAACUAUGUCUUGGGCGAGAUCAGCCGACCAAGGAAGAAGUUCCCACGCGCCAUGAGCACGGGUGUAGGUAUCGUCUUGGUACUAUACCUCGCUGUGAACCUGAGCUACACGUACACUGCGGCCCGUGUCAAGCAAGAGAUUGCCAAAGAAGGCAUUCUUCCCUUUCCCAAGUUCUUCUCUCAGAACACAGACAUGAGCGUUGGUCGAGUCAUGCGAUGGUUCCAAAAGCACGGCAUGUUCAAGUCAAUUAUGCGCCUAAGUUGGUUCUCGCCCGAAGAACACAGCGAGAAGACGCCGGUCGGCGCGCUCGUGCUUCAUUUCGUCAGCUGUCUCGUUCUCAUCUUCGCCACGUGGGGCAUGAAACCCACGGAGGCGUACACUCUACUCACUUCGUGGAGUGCCUAUGUUGUUACUGCCUUCAUGAGUACAUUCCUCGGACUUGGAAUUUUGAUUCUUCGCUUCCGCGGCCCGCCUCCGACGGCCGUAAACCGGGAUGGCGACGAACCCAACGACCAAACCAUCCCGGAAAACCCUACCUGGACAGAUUUGACAGGAAAGGGCAUCAACCCGGUGGUGAGCAUUAUCGCUGCCUCUGUAUACAUGGCUGGCGGCUUGUACCCAGUGAUCGCGACCUGGGUGCCUCCAACAGGUCUCUAUGAACAACUCACCAAACCGAAGGCGGAAUGGUGGAUCGUCCCAACCGUCUCAUGGUGCGUCAUCGGCCUCGGAAUUGCAUGGUUCCUCGGCUUCGUUGGUGUGGCGAAGCAUAUCGACCGCAAGGACCACCGCGUGUUCGUUGUCGAGAAGCGACCAGAAUUUGAGCCCGCAGAGGGGUCGGGCAAGAGCGACGUUGAGGGUAGUAGUGCACGUGUCGACCCGAGGAGAAGUGGUGGGCUGGUGCAGGUGCACGAGACGGUGUACCUCAGUUGGGUGGGCAGAGAGACAUUGCGACAAAGACGGCAAGGGACUGCGGAUGGCGACGGAACUCAGAUGGAGGAGAGACGGGAGUCAAAUCUGUCACCCUAUGCGGGUACCGAUUUCGAUGGCUAUUUUACGAAUCUAAAUGCGACACCAGGUCAGGGAAGAUACCAGUACUAGGUUUAUUCAAAGCGAGUCAUAGAAGAUACUAUAUGUAU